AUGGGUUCGGAAAAGGACCCCCUGAUUCCCAAGGACGUCGCCCUGACGGACUCGGGGCGCCCCGUCGUCAAGCGCAGCGUGCACUGGGCGCUGCUCUCCUUCCUCAUCCUCGGAGAGAUCGCGGGCCAGGGCGUCUUCGCGCUGCCUCUUCACCUCGGUCGGUUGGGGUGGUUCGCGGGCACGCUCACGUGCUUCGGCACGCUGGCCAUCAACAACAUCUCCCUGCGCAUCAUGUACGCCACGCACACGCGGUUUCCGGAGGCGAAAUCCCAGGGCGAGGCUGCGGGCAUCCUCUUCGGCCCCGUCGGCCAAGGCUUCAUCCGCGCCGUGGUGCACCUCUACCUCUUCACCAUCCAAUCCGCGUACCUCAACUCGCUCGGACGGACCAUCAUGAACGAGUUCUACGGCACGCGCGUCUGCCUCCCGCUGGCCACCGGCAUCGCGUCCCUCAUCGUCUUCCCGUUCGCGCAGCUGAGGAGCUACGGCGACAUCACCGGGAUCAGCAUCGCGUCCUUCGCCGCCGUCGUCGCCGUCGUCUUUCUCAUCGUCGGACGUUCGCGUGAGGUGGACCCCGACCCGACGUCCUCCACCUCGUUCUGGCCCCCGCUGGGCAUCACCGACUCGUUGACCAGCGUCGGCGGGUUCUUCUUCGCGUCCGGCGGCGGGCAGUGCGCCUUCUUCGAGUACCUCAGCGAGAUGUCCCGGCCGGAGGAUUACCCCAAGACGCUGUGGCUCACCACCCCCGCGCUCUUCGCGUUGUACUACGGCACAGCCGCGGCGAUGUACGCGCGGUUCGGGGAUAAGGUUCCGGGAUUUUUGCUGGACAUCCUCCCGUUCGACGCCAGCCGGCUCGUGGGUAACACCCUGUUCUUCUUCCACAUCAUCGUCAGCUUCGUCAUCCUCAACUCGGCGCUGUUAAGGGCGUACGCGAGGUACUCGGUGACGGAUUCGUCAAACGCCGCGAGGCGGGAUUGGGCCGGGCUGUCCGCUAUCGUCGUCCUGGGCGCGUACGUGCUGACGAACACCGUGAGUCUGUUCGAGGACCUCACCGCGGCGAUCGGGUCGCUCUUCGUCUCCACCACGGUGCUGUUGAUACCCCCGGCGUACCUCUACGCCGCGCACUGGUUCAAGCGUCGCGAGGAUCCGGAGCGGGGCGCGAUCGGGCGGGAAAAUAACACCCCGGUGAAGAGGAGCCCGAGCCUGAAGAAGCUCGGGGGUUUCAUCGGGAAGUUCUCGCCGAUGAAGAAGGGGAGGAAGGGCGGCGAGGGAGGAGAUGCGGGCGGCGGCGGGUCCAGCGGAGGGUCGACCCCGGGCGAGAGCACGCCGAGGCCGACGGGUUUUGAGGUGCACUGGUCCGUGCUGUGGUCGCUUCGGGUCAUGCUCGCGGUGGCGGUCGUGGCGGUGCCGGUGCUGUCGUGGGGGUCGCUCGUGCGGCUGGUGCAGGACAUGGCGACCCUGGCGCCGCCGUUCUCGUGCGGGCCGUGCGUCACCAAGGAGUGCAUCGAGAACGAGCGCGCAGAGAGCGCGAUGGCGUACCUCGGAUUAUUGGAACGCAGAGUGAGGGGAGCCGCGCUGCGGGGGUGACAAAAAUAUCGCCCCGCCGGCGAGCGCCCCACGCAUUCGACUACGGGCUAUACCGUCAAAUUUAAUAGGCAACGGAGAAAUAAUGUUUCGGUGACUCGUC